UACUAGAAACAAUUAAGCACUUCGAGUCCUAUAGAAAUUUAGCAUGGCAUCCAUCAAACAAGUUUCAAUCCUAGUAUUACUACCCAUUUUGCUCAUUUCCCUCUUCAAGUCCUCCUGUGCUGCAGGAAUUGCCAUCUAUUGGGGUCAAAAUGGCAAUGAAGGCUCUUUGGCAGAUGCAUGCAACACUGGGAACUACAAAUAUGUGAACAUAGCCUUUUUGUCCACAUUUGGCAAUGGCCAAACCCCCCAACUUAACCUUGCUGGCCAUUGUGAUGCCAGCACAAAUGGGUGCACCAAAUUCAGCAGUGAAAUCAAAACAUGCCAAGACAAAGGCAUCAAAGUGCUCCUCUCACUUGGAGGUGGUGCUGGAAGCUAUUCCUUAAACUCAGCCGAUGAUGCCACACAAGUUGCAAACUACCUCUGGAAUAACUUCCUUGGAGGACAAUCAAAUUCACGUCCCUUAGGUGAUGCUGUCUUGGAUGGCAUAGAUUUUGACAUUGAGGCUGGUAAUGGUGCACAUUACGAUGAACUUGCAAGAGCACUCAAUGGGUUUAGCAGCCAAAAGAAGGUGUAUUUGGCUGCAGCACCACAAUGUCCAUUCCCUGAUGCUCACUUAGACACAGCUAUUAAAACUGGCCUAUUUGACUAUGUGUGGGUGCAAUUUUAUAACAAUCCUCCAUGCCAAUACACUAAUGGAAACACUAACAAUCUUCUUAAUGCAUGGAAUCAAUGGACCUCAAGUGAAGCUAAACAAGUGUUUCUUGGGGUGCCAGCAUCUGAAGGUGCUGCUCCAAGUGGUGGUUUUAUUCCCUCUGAUGUGUUGAUUUCGCAGGUUCUUCCUUCCAUCAAGAGUUCUCCCAAGUAUGGUGGAGUCAUGAUCUGGGACAGAUUCAACGAUGCUCAAAGUGGAUACAGUAAUGCUAUUAAGGGAAGUGUGUAAGUGUUUCAUUAAUUAGUUUGACGUUAUCAAGUGAUUUAUAGUAUCUUUGGAAUAAGUAGCACGUCGGUGGGUUUUGUACUUACAUAUUGAGUGCUAUGCAUAUGUAACAGGUAUACGUAAUAAAAUACUUUCUUUUGU